AUUUAGAAAGGGAAAAGCUUUGAUGAAAUUUUUAUCCAUAAUCCAUUCAUUCCAUAAGGCGCUUUCGCCGUGAAACUUAUGUGGAAUGUUCCUUGUUGGUUUGACAGGUGGUAUAGCUACCGGCAAAAGCACAGUCAGUGAAAUCUUUCGAGAUCUUGGCUGUUGUGUGGUGGAUGCUGAUCAGAUAGCCAGAGAAGUUGUGAAACCUGGAAGAAGGGCUUGGAAAAAGAUCAGAGGAGAAUUUGGAGAUGGAGUUUUCCUGUCAAGUGGUGAAUUAAAUAGAGAGAAACUUGGUCAGAUUAUCUUUGCAGAUUCUGACAAAAGAAAGUUGUUGAAUUCCAUCACACAUCCAGAAAUUUAUAAAUGUAUGGCAUGGGAAGUUUUGAAAGCAUUUUUGUCAGGUCAUCAGUUUGUGAUUCUGGACUUGCCAUUGCUGUUUGAGACAAGACAGAUGCUACCUUACAUCUCCUAUACAGUCGUGGUGGCCUGCUCUGCUGAGGAUCAGUUGGAUCGGCUAAUGAAGAGAAAUGGCUAUGAGGAGGACGAAGCCAGGAGGAGGAUUGAUGCCCAGAUGUCAUUGGCGGAAAAGGUUCGACGCGCCACCUAUAUUGUCAACAAUGAGGGCUCAAGGGAGGCAACUCGUCAGCAUGUGGAGCAGCUUCAUUGCCAGUUGUGUGCAUCACGUGCUCAGUGGAAACUGCGACUUGGGCUUGUUACUGUUAUCGGACUGUUGACGAUAAUAGGGAUUUAUGCAUUGGGAUAAAAUUCACUGUUGUCCACACAUGUAGCAGUCUUAUCCGGGAUACUUUAGUUCAAUUAUUUUACCAUGAAGGGCCAUCCAUAGGAAAUGUGCAUUGCCCAUUCAUGUUUGGUAAAACGUUGAUAGAGGUGUACUUGGUUUAGAAGCUAUAUCGCUUGGAGAUGAGCACCAGUUUAAGAAAACUCAGUCGGUGGAAACAGCAUGGAAUAUACAAUGGCGAAUCGUCCAACGGCAGAUAGUUCUACUAUAUUUUUGUCAUGUAUGUAGACCACUUUACAUAAAUAUCUAAUUCAGACAUCUGUUUUUUUUAUAUAUAUAUAACAUAUACAUGUAAAGUGUACUGUUUUUAUCAUACAGACAGGAUUCAAAAUGUGGCUGUGUAUACAUGUGUUUAUAUAAAAUGGAGUCAGUCUUGUAUUUUCCUUUGUUUCUAUUUCUUUUAUAUUUAUUCUCUGAACACCAGCACCAAUUUUUAACAGCGGGUUAAGAGACGUACCGUGUGAGUCAGAAGUCAGAACCCUAUAGGAAUGGAAAGCUGUCAAAGCGAUGUGACCUACGAUAUGAGUAAUACUGAAAAAGACAAGAGGAAGGUCUAUAUCCGCCUAUGUCCUAUAAGAGACGUACCGUGUGGUUCCAAGUCAGAACCCUAUAGGAAUGAAAAGCUGUCAAAGCGAUGUGACCUACGAUAUGAGUCAUACUGAACAAGACAAGAGGAAGGUCUAUAUCCGCCUAUAUACUAUAAGAGACGUACCGUGUGGUUCCAUGUCGGAAACCUAUAGAAAUGGAAAGCUGUCAAAGCGAUGUGAUCUACGAUAUGAGUAAUACUGAACUUCCAAGUCAGAACCCUAUAGGAAUGGAAAGCUGUCAAACCGAUGUGAUCUACGAUAUGAGUAAUACUGAACAAGACAAGAGGAAGGUCUAUAUCCGCCUAUGUCCUAUAAGAGACGUACCGUGUGGUUCCAAGUCAGAACCCUAUAGGAAUGGAAAGCCGUCAAACCGAUGUGAUCUACGAUAUGAGUAAUACUGAACAAGACAAGAGGAAGGUCUAUAUCCGCCUGUAUCCUAUA